AGUUUAAUGUAAGCCCUUCCCAGUCUGCCUUCAGCCCAUCUGAAUUCCUGAGACAGAACCCCCAAAAUCCACAGUCCUUUCAGGUCCAAACAACUCUGGUCUCCAAACAGGCAGUGGUCAGCAAAGGUGGGGUGGUUGACAGCUAGUUUAUCAACUGGCUUUGAUACUGGAUCCUACUGGAUCCCAUCAGAAGAUAGGCCUUCUGAGAGAGCAGAGACCGCCUGGAGCUGUCCCUUAGCCACUCCAUCUAGGAAGUGCCAGGGAGGGGGUGUUCCAGAGAACCUUCCAGCACAUAAAGGCCAACACACCUGUGACUUGGUUCCACAACCUAGAAGUGACACAGGACAAAGCCAAGCAACUAAGGCGGGUACGAUGCUGUUGGUUUUAUCCCCGCAGAAGUUAUUCUUUUAAGUAAUCCCAGACAAACUCACCUACCUGUUGUUAUGGGGAUAGGCAACUCUGAGAUUCCUUCCCCAAGAGAGACUGGGGCGCUGCUGGAGUGCGCCCAAGCUCCCUAGGGGCGAAGGGACGUCGUGCACUCUGCCCUAGGAAACUAAGUCAAGGCUUUGGUUUCUAAUGGUGGAAACUUUGUUUUGGUUGGCAGCUUCUCCCCAGCAUCCACCUGGAUCUGGAUUCGACCCCCGCAGCAUAGCUGUGAUGGGACAGCAAACCCUCGCCUCAAGAAUACAAGGUGAUGAUGGGGUGGGACGAAUUCCAGUAAAGUCCUCGGAGUGGGACUCCCCGUGGAGCAGCCAGCUGAGGUCACGCUCGGGUUAAGUUUUAGGCCCCCGCGGGGGCGCGCAGAGUACUAUGCAGACAAAUCCCAACGAUUCAGGAGGACCGUUCCCCAUUUCAGGCAGUUGCACGGAUGCUAAGACCGCCGCUUGGGGCGUCUGGGGCCCGGAAUUCGUCGUCCUCCAGGUCUGCGUUUUCCUCUCGUGUUUCAGCCCCCGACAGCGCGGCUGCGUCUGGGCCCCCAGCGAAGGCAGGUCCUGAUUUCGGGGAGGACCCCGGGGAGAGGGGAGCCCGGCUGCUCCCGGCUGUCCCAGCCCGCGGUCACCGAGGGCUCGGAGAUAAGCUGUCUGCCCCCCACCCCCCAACAACUGGCAUUCGGGUGAGUUCAAGGCCCUAAUCCAGUAGUACAGUGGAACUCACACCACCCUGAGCUCAGAAAGAUGGUGUCACAGUCUACAGGCCGACACGAUUCUCCAGUGGACUCGUGGGACAGGGACAACAAUGACCCUGGCGACAUUGAUGUUUCCCCCAGCCUCCUGGACACUGACCAGCCUCCUUGCCACUCAGACGUCAGAUUCAUGAGGCACAAAGCUGCCUGGAUUAACUCCCAGUGUGAGCAGCAACAGUCUCAGGAUUCGCCCCAUCGGGUGCCAACAGUGAGGAAGAGUGGGAACCACUUUGGAGGGGACACAGCCUUGCCCCUCAACCCCUCACCAUUGUUUCUCGGGGACUCCAUGGUGGAGACAUCACUGUCAAAGGAUACCGCAGACUCUGCCCAGGGCUCAGGGGACAAGAGCAGCGACCUUUCUUUUACCUCAACGGAAGAGCAGGCGGUGUUCCUAGGACACUCUCCUCAGAUGUCUUUGUUCACAAGCUCCUCUCCUUGUCCUGAAGUGGACCGUGCUUUUCUGCAGCCUUCCCAACUGACAGCUUCCAUGGAUGAAGGUGCUGUUCAAGUCAGCAGAAGAACCACUUCUUUGAAUUCCUUCUCUCCGGAGGCAUUCCUGCUCCCUGUCGAUGUCGAAAAGGAAAAUGCCCACUUCUAUGUUGCAGAUAUGAUUAUAGCAGCAAUGGAGAAAAUUAAGUGUACGAUCCUGAGUCAACAGCACACAGAGCCCUGGGGUGUGGAAGAAGCCGGUGGGGUGCUCGGGAAUGACCAAGCUGACUCCGAAGUCACGUUUUAUACCAACACAAAGCAAGAAUCUGGGUCUUCCAAUUCUUCUGACAGUGGCUAUGAAGGUUAUGCUGUGUUACAGGGCAGCCCAGUGGCCGGGACACCCACUCACUCUGAUAUGCUGAAAGAAGCCUGUAAAUGUGACUUUGACGACUUUGUUAUCAUAGAACUUGGUGAGUUUAGCAAUAUCACAGAAACCUGUGGGUGUUCCUGCAGCUCCUCAAAGAGUGUCAUUUAUGAGCCAGACUUCAAUUCUGCUGAGCUAAUAGCCAAGGAGCUGUACCGAGCAUUCCAGAAGAGCUGGCUGUUGUCAGACGUUAAUCAGCAGCCUGCAGGUCCUCCAAAUGCAGCUGGCUCGGUAGUAGUGAAUGAAGAGCGCGUCCGGAAAGACUUUGAAUCCAGUGUGGACGUCGUUCAGGAAAUUACCCUUAAGUCGAGGAUCCGAGGGGCUGAAGACUGGGAGCCCCCCAGAUUUCAAAUCGUAGUUAAUGUUCACCCGCCACUCAAGAAGGAACUCGUGGUAGCAGCCCAGAAUUUUUUGUGUGCUGGCUGUGGAACUCCAAUAGAACCUAAGUUUGUGAAGCGGCUCCGGUACUGCGACUACCUGGGCAAGUACUUCUGUGACUGCUGCCACGUCUACGCAGAGAGCUGCAUCCCUGCGCGGAUCCUGACCACGUGGGACUUCAGGAAGUACUACGUCAGCAAUUUCUCCAAACGGCUGCUGGACGGUCUGGGGCCCCAGCCCGUUUUCAAUUUGCUGAGCAUCGGCCACGGCCUGUACGCCAAGGUCAAGGAACUGGACAGAGCGAGGGAAACCCGGGAACAACUUUUUCAUAUCAAGAAGCUGUUGAAGACCUGCAGGUUUGCUGAAAGUGCGCUGAAGGAGUUUGAGCAGGUGCCAAGGCACCUGACUGAUGAGCUCCACCUGUUCUCCCUGGAGGAUCUGGUCAGGGUCAAGAAACGGCUGCUGGUGCCCUUGCUCAAGGACAUUCUAAAAGCUUCCCUCGCGCAUGUGGCUGGCUGUGAGCUGUGUCAAGGAAAGGGCUUCAUUUGUGAAUUUUGCCAGAGUACAGCUGUCAUCUUCCCCUUUCAGACUGAGACGUGUAGAAGAUGUGCAGGGUGCAGAGCGUGCUUUCACAAGCAGUGUUUCCAGUCCUCUGAGUGCCCCCGGUGUGCGCGGAUCACAGCUCGGAGGAGACUUUGGCAAAGUUUACCUUCUGCAGCAACGUGAUGCUCGAGUAUUGUGGAAAAGACUGUUCAACAUGCCUUAGAACACCGAUUCCUGUCUAUCAUUGAUCAGAUUGUUGCAGAUGUUGAGUACUGUAUAUUAAGGGAAAAAAGUGGCCAAUAUUGUUUUUUAUUAUAUAUAUUUAAUGUUUUAAAAAGAAUGCACUUUUUUUGGUUAUUAAGCAUAGGUUUGUUCCUGGUGGUUUUGUUUACAAAUGUUCGGUGUUUUUGCUGCUGCUGGUUUUUUUUUUUAUGAGUUUUUUUUGAUACUUCUUCAAUUGUAUUUGAGUGGUUAUGUAGCUGAUAUUGGAGCCUAUUUUUGUAUGAAUUGUAACUGACAAGACAAAGGACUCCGUUUGUCUUUCUCUCAAGCUUGUUUUGUGAAACGGAUUGGUACUCUCAGUGAACAAAAAUGUAGCCAACAAUCUGUCUACUCCCCGUGUUUUUUCUGACUUAAGUGCCGUUUCAUAAUUAUAUCCGUUUUGCAACCAUGUUAUAGAUUUUCCUUGCUCCAGGGUGGGUAGAGAGAGUACACGUUACUUCCGCAGGUGCACCCAUUUCAAGACGAGCGGGAGUUGCUCAGCGGUGCCUAGAGCUGCUGUCAGAAGCAGGUGCCUCUACGCCACGCCCUUAGAGACACACAGACCCGUGCGGCACUUGUCAUCUCUCUUCCGAACACUGAGUCAGGGAUGCGCGGCUGGGUAGAACUUCAUCCCUGCCCUUUAGGAUUUUGUCUCAUCAGUAUAAAACUGAACAUAAGGUAUUUACAGACUUAAGUCGUGGGAAACUACUGUUAAUGAACAAUGUGAUUUUAGUAAUAAUAAAAUCAUAGACAUCAAUUAAAAAGGCGAGGCAAAUUGCUAAACCGUUACGAAUUUAUUUUUCCUAUAUUCUUUUAUUUGUAUGCUUUCUUGAGACACACGAGUCUGUUU